AUGAUGGAAGAAAGUGGAAUAGAGACCACCCCACCCGGCUCCCCGCUGCCUCCCCCUAGCAUGGCAGCCGCAGUCAACUCCCCUCCCCUGACUAUGGGUAAGUCACUCACUGAUACAGUGGAUGCGCUGCUUCCAACCUAUGUUGGUAGCUCCACCAACGGCGCAAAAUGUAGGCUAUACGUCCAGCUUGGGUUCGGUAGACUACCAAAAACAUGAAAUUGCUACUACAAAUCUGCUAGGUCUAUAUCCUAAGCCAAGGCACAAAAUGCAGCCUAACAUAUUUAGCAUUCAAAGUUCUCUUAAAACUGUUAAAUCUUCUGGUUUGCAUUUCAUUCCAUAAAGUUGUCCACUCCUUUUUGCCCUCAUUCAUUCUCCUUUACAGAGUAGCCUAUUAUCAAAAGCUCCACCUAGACUUCGCCAUGUUGCUUUCACCUAUACAAUCCUUUCAGAUCUCUGAAAGUAAGGAGGGCAUACAAUGAGAGCAGAGGGGAGGGAGUGUCAUUCUGCAAUGAAACACAGCCUCAGUUUCUAGCAGUGUGUAUCUCAGUAGUCACAACAUCAUGCAAGAGACAGAUCAACGGCUUGAGGUCAUAGUUUGUCAGUUGUUGGAAUGGGAUGCAAAGCAGCAGAGGAACAUCAGCAUGAGAUAGACUGUCUGUCCUUGAGGUUGUGUGGGACAAAGAGACAAUGUCGGCUGUUAGGCAGAACUGUGCAAGUCAAUUCUGAUAAUCACCUGCUCACUGUAUAACUUUGCAGUGACACAGCAAUACUUCUCACAGAAAUAAUUGGAGCCUUGGGCAAAUUAUUUUCUCUCUGAAGUUAUAGUGCAAUGGAAACACAGCCUGUCCAUUGUAUUUCUUACAAUGGAAAUGACAUCCCGAAGAUCCUCAGAAUGUCGACGUAGGCUAGGCUAUACAACGGCCAUUCAUUUCAGCCAAUGCAGUAGUGCUUAGGGUAUUAUCGAGUCAUUAUGUUGGGUUUAAAGAAACAAAAGCUAGUGAUAGCGAAUUGUUUUACACUCGAAGAUGUAGCUAAGAUUUGAUUUAGUAGGGUCUUCGCUCCUACUUUCAAAUACAUUGUAAUUUGGGUGAAUUAUCCCUUUAAGCAGUCUCAUACACACCAUAUUAUUUGUUACUCAAUGAUAUUCUCUUGUUCCCCCAGGCAUGUCCAGUCCCCUGUCCCUCCCCAGAACCACCAGCAUAUCCACCUUCGCCCCCGAGGGCUUCUCCACCCCCGUCCCUCUCGCUGUUUCCACCUCCAUCCCCCCUAUCCACUCCUCCAUGCCCCCUGCCUUCGGCAGCCCCAUGCCCGCCCUGUCCUCACCCCACUUCCCCCCUCCGCCCAUGGGGGGAGCCCCGUACACCACCAGCCCCAUGGCCUUCUCCUCCCCCUCCACCUAUCCCUCCCCGCCCCCGAUGGGCUCUGUGGCCCCGCCUCCGACCGGUCCGGUGAUGUCGGCGCCACCGAUGGGCCCGCCCACCACGGGCUUUACCAUGAGCGCGGGCUAUGACAUCACGCGGGGGCACGCCGGACGCACACCGCAGACGCCGCUCAUGCCCAGUUUCUCCAGCGCCGCCCCGAUGCCAGGUAAGGAGAUGCCGCGACUGGCCGGAGCUAAAGUAGCCACGUGGUGUAGGCUAUCUAGCCGAUCUGAACUGAUUGCAAAGGCCUAGGUAUUAUCAAUAGCUUCUGGUCUGUUAGCUCAUCCUAUCUUGAUGAAAAGUGCCUGAGAUAGAGGCUAGGGGUUGACUUCAGUCUGGGUAUAUCAUUCACAACACAAGAGGUCCCCACUGUCCAGUGGAAAUUGAAUGGAAGUCAAUGUGUGUCCAACGUGUUCUUUUCCAGUGCCUUUAGUGCUAAACUGAACUGUCAUUGCAAUGUGUGGUGAUGGGGAAAGUUGAACAAUUUCAGGGAGAUGUCUGAGUGAUAACCUUAAGAUAUUCUCUGACUCGGUUCUCUUAGAAUGCACAUUCAAACAUGGUCAUCAGUCUGUAGCUUUUACUCUGUGUGUGUGUGUGAGAGUGAUAGGGAAGGGGUCAGCGGGCUAAAGGGAAAGCUAUUAUCUGUGCUCAAGCAGAGAGGGAACUAAGCCCACCAAUUUGAGUGGCUCAGUGGACUGCCAGGCUCCGGGUUGGCCCUCUCUAGGUCUUGUCACACAGACACACAGAUGAGAAGAGAGACACACACACAAGCAAACUACUCCACUAGUCCCCCCGCUCCCCCAUGGACAUUUUAUUUUAUUCCCACCCCCUAACGGACAAUUACCCUGCCCACACCCCAAUGGACAUUUUAUAUUUAUCAUUGUCACAGUUGUGAAUAUACACUGAACAAAAAUAUAAACGCAAAAUGUAAAGUGUUGGUUUCAUGAGCUGAAAUAAGAUCCCAGACAUUUUCCAUAUGCACAAAAAGCAUAUUUCUCUCAAAUUUUGUGCACAAAUUUGUUUACAUCCCUGUUAGUGAGCAUUUCUCCCUUGCCAAGAUAAUCCAUCCACCUGACUGCAUAUCAAGAAGUUGAUUAAACAACAUUUGCAUCAAUAAAAGGCCACUCUAAAAUAUGCAGUUUUGUCACGCAACACAAUGCCACAGAUGUAUCAAGUUUUGAGGGAGCAUGCAAUUGGCAUGCUGACUUUAGGAAUGUCUACCAGAGCUGUUGCCAGAUAAUUUAAUGUUAAUUUCUCUACCAUAAGCCGCCUCCAACGUCGUUUUAGAGAAUUUGUCAGUACGUCCAACUGGCCUCACAACCACGUCGUGUUGGCGAGCAGUUUGCUGAUGUCAACGUUGUGAACAGAGUGCCCCAUGGUGGCAGUGGGGUUAUGGCACAGCCAUUGAAGAGGAGUGGGACAACAUUCCACAGGCCACAAUCAACAGCCUGAUCAACUCUAUGCGAAGGUGAUGUGUCGCGCUGCAUGAGGCAAAUGGUGGGCAUACCAGAUACUGACUGGUUUUCAGAUGCAUAUCUGUAUUCCCAGUCGUGAAAUUCAUAGAUUAGGCCUAAUGAAUUUAUUUCAGUUGACUGAUUUCCUUAUAUGGACUGUAACUCAGUAAAAUCAUUGAAAUUGUUGCAUUUUGUUUUAUUUUAAUUUUAUAUAUGAUUGUUAUUAGUUUUUUUUGUUUCAUUCACCUGCACUGUUGGAGCUCGGAUCUGAAGUAUUUCACUGUAUACUACAAUGACUUGUGACUAAAUAUCAAUCUAAGCACUUUGACAGAGUAACAUACUACCUCACAAACAUACACUGAAACGGGCGAAUGCACACACACACACACAACGUUGACACAAUGGUUUGAAUGUUUGUUUCAGCCAAGGUGUGUUUCUUUUGAGGUGGGUGUGGUUUAUGUAUCACUUUCUGCUGUUGACUUUGCAUUGUAUGGAUAAAUGUGUUUACUUAGCGUCUAUUCUCUUGAUACAUUAUUUUGUUACUGUGCAAGUCCACCUGUUUUCGGUGGUCAUUCUGUAUGCCUAUUGCAUACAGCGGGGGUAUUUAAAUCCAGGUCUUAUUUUCUCUGACUGAUUCAUGUCCUUAUUUGGGAAGACCUUGGUGUCCAAGCUCUUUAAAAAAAAAAAAAAAAACGUAUGUUAAAAAAAAUAUUUUUUACUUUUUUUCUAGGGGGUAGAUCAGCUUUAAUAUUGCAGAUAGAUUGUAACUUCCAUCAAUGUAAUUGUAUGCAUCACUUCCAAUCCCCCAUAUGUUUUUUUCCCCUGCAAAAAAUCUAUGUAUAUGUGUGUGUGUAUUUAUAUGUGUGUAUGUAUAUACAGUGAGGGGAAAAAAGUAUUUGAUCCCCUGCUGAUUUUGUACGUUUGCCCACUGACAAAGAAAUGAUCAGUCUAUAAUUUUAAUGGUAGGUUUAUUUGAACAGUGAGAGACAGAAUAACAACAACAAAAAUCCAGAAAUACGCAUGUCAAAAAUGUUAUAAAUUGAUUUGCAUUUUAAUGAGGGAAAUAAGUAUUUGACCCCUCUGCUAAACAUGACUUAGUACUUGGUGGCAAAACCCUUGUUGGCAAUCACAGAGGUCAGACGUUUCUUGUAGUUGGCCACCAGGUUUGCACACAUCUCAGGAGGGAUUUUGUCCCACUCCUCUUUGCAGAUCUUCUCCAAGUCAUUAAGGUUUCGAGGCUGACGUUUGGGAACUCGAACCUUCAGCUCCCUCCACAGAUUUCCUAUGGGAUUAAGGUCUGGAGACUGGCUAGGCCACUCCAGGACCUUAAUGUGCUACUUCUUGAGCCACUCCUUUGUUGCCUUGGCCGUGUGUUUUGGGGUCAUUGUCAUGCUGGAAUACCCAUCCACGACCCAUUUGCAAUGCCCUGGCUGAGGGAAGGAGGUUCUCACCCAAGAUUUGACGGUACAUGGCCCCGUCCAUCGUCCCUUUGAUGCGGUGAAGUUGUCCUGUCCCCUUAGCAGUAAAACACCCCCAAAGCAUAAUCUUUCCACCUCCAUGUUUGACAGUGGGGAUGGUGUUCUUGGGGUCAUAGGCAGCAUUCCUCCUCCUCCAAACACGGCGAGUUGAGUUGAUGCCAAAGAGCUCCAUUUUGGUCUCAUCUGACCACAACACUUUCACCCAGUUCUCCUCUGAAUCAUUCAGAUGUUCAUUGGCAAACUUCAGACGGGCAUGUAUAUGUGCUUUCUUGAGCAGGGGGACCUUGCGGGCGCUGCAGGAUUUCAGUCCUUCACGGCGUAGUGUGUUACCAAUUGUUUUCUUGGUGACUAUGGUCCCAGCUGCCUUGAGAUCAUUGACAAGAUCCUCCCGUGUAGUUCUGGGCUGAUUCCUCACCGUUCUCAUGAUCAUUGCAACUCCACAAGGUGAGAUCUGGCAUGGAUCUACAAUCUUGUCCUUGACAUCCUUGGAGAGCUCUUUGGUCUUGGCCAUGGUGGAGAGUUUGGAAUCUGAUUGAUUGAUUGCUUCUGUGGACAGGUGUCUUUUAUACAGGUGACAAACUGAGAUUAGGAGCACUCCCUUUAAGAGUGUGCUCCUAAUCUCAGCUCGUUACCUGUAUAAAGACACCUGGGAGCCAGAAAUCUUUCUGAUUGAUAGGGGGUCAAAUACUUAUUUCCCUAAUUUAAAAUGCAAAUCAAUUUAUAACAUUUUUGAAAUGCGUUUCUCUGGAUUUUUUUUGUUGUUAUUCUGUCUCUCACUGUUCAAAUAAACCUACCAUUUAAAGAAAUGAUCAGUCUAUAAUUUUGUCAGUGGGCAAACAUACAAAAUCAGCAGGGGAUCAAAUACUUUUUUCCCUCACUGUGUGUAUGUAUGUAUGUAUGUGUGUGUGUGUGUGUGUGUGUGUGUGUGUGUGUGUGUGUGUGUGUGUGUGUGUGUGUGUGUGUACACGCACACUAACACACUACCGUUCAAAAGUUUGGGGUCACUUAGAAAUGUCCUUGUUUUUGAAAGAAAAGCCAUAUCUCAGACUGCCCAUCUUAAUCUUUUCUUUUUAUUGGCCAGUCUGAGAUAUGGCUUUUUCUUUGCAACUCUGCCUAGAAGGUCAACAUCCCAGAGUCGCCUCUUCACUGUUGACGUUGAGACUGGUGUUUUGCGGGUACUAUUUCAUGAAGCUGCCAGUUGAGGACCUGUGAGGUGCCUGUUUCUCAAACUAGACACUAAUGUAUUUGUCCUCUUGCUCAGUUGUGCACCGGGGCCACCUACUCUUUCUAUUCUGGUUAGAGCCAGUUUGCGCUGUUCUGUGAAGGGAGUAGUACACAGCGUUGUAGAGAUCUUCAGUUUCUUGGCAAUUUCUCGCAUGGAAUAGCCUUCAUUUCUCAGAACAAGAAUAGACAAACGAGUUUCAGAAGAAAGUUAUUUGUUUCUGGCCAUUUUGAGCCUGUAAUCGAACCCACAAUUGCUGAUGCUCCAGAUACUCAACUAGUCUCAAGAAGGCCAGUUUUAUUGCUUCUUUUAAUCAGCACAACAGUUUUCAGCUGUGCUAACAUAAUUGCAAAAGGGUUUUCUAAUUAUCAAUUAGCCUUUUAAAACGAUAAACUUGGAUUAGCAAACACAACGUGCCAUUGGAACACAGGACUGAUGGUUGCUGAUAAUGGGCCUCUACGCCUAUGUACAUAUUCCAUAACAAAUCAGCCAUUUCCAGCUACAAUUUACAACAUUAACAAUGUCUACACUGUAUUUCUGAUCAAUGUGUUAUUUUAAUGGACAAAAUUGCUUUUCUUUUGAAAACAAGGACAUUUCUAAGUGACCCCAAACUUUUGAACGGUUGUGUGUGUGUGUGUGUGUGUGUGUGUGUGUGUAUAUACAGUGGGGAGAACAAGUAUUUGAUACACUGCCGAUUUUGCAGGUUUUACUACUUACAAAGCAUGUAGAGGUCUGUAAUUUUUUAUCAUAUGUACACUUCAAUUGUGAGAGACGGAAUCUAAAACAAAAAUCCAGAAAAUCACAUUAUGAUUUUUAAGUAAUUAAUUUGAAUUUUAUUGCAUGACAUAAGUAUUUGAUACAUCAGAAAAGCAGAACUUAAUAUUUGGUACAGAAACCUUUGUUUGCAAUUACAGAGAUCAUACGUUUCCUGUAGGUCUUGACCAGGUUUGCACACACUGCAGCAGGAAUUUUGGCCCACUCCUCCAUACAGACCUUCUCCAGAUCCUUCAGGUUUCGGGGCUGUCGCUGGGCAAUACGGACUUUCAGCUCCCUCCAAAGAUUUUCUAUUGGGUUCAGGUCUGGAGACUGGCUAGGCCACUCCAGGACCUUGAGAUGCUUCUUACGGAGCCACUCCUUAGUUGCCCUGGCUGUGUGUUUCGGGUCGUUGUCAUGCUGGAAGACCCAGCCACGACCAAUCUUCAAUGCUCUUACUGAGGGAAGGAGGUUGUUGGCCAAGAUCUCGCGAUACAUGGCCCCAUCCAUCCUCCCCUCAAUACGGUGCAGUCGUCCUGUCCCCUUUGCAGAAAAGCAUCCCCAAAGAAUGAUGUUUCCACCUCCAUGCUUCACGGUUGGGAUGGUGUUCUUGGGGUUGUACUCAUCCUUCUUCUUCCUCCAAACACGGCGAGUGGAGUUUAGACCAAAAAGCUCUAUUUUUGUCUCAUCAGACCACAUGACCUUCUCCCAUUCCUCCUCUGGAUCAUCCAGAUGGUCAUUGGCAAACUUCAGACGGGCCUGGACAUGCGCUGGCUUGAGCAGGGGGACCUUGCGUGCGCUGCAGGAUUUUAAUCCAUGACGGCGUAGUGUGUUACUAAUGGUUUUCUUUGAGACUGUGGUCCCAGCUCUCUUCAGGUCAUUGACCAGGUCCUGCCGUGUAGUUCUGGGCUGAUCCCUCACCUUCCUCAUGAUCAUUGAUGCCCCACGAGGUGAGAUCUUGCAUGGAGCCCCAGACCGAGGGUGAUUGACCGUCAUCUUGAACUUCUUCCAUUUUCUAAUAAUUGCGCCAACAGUUGUUGCCUUCUCACCAAGCUGCUUGCCUAUUGUCCUGUAGCCCAUCCCAGCCUUGUGCAGGUCUACAAUUUUGUCCCUGAUGUCCUUACACAGCUCUCUGGUCUUGGCCAUUGUGGAGAGGUUGGAGUCUGUUUGAUUGAGUGUGUGGACAGGUGUCUUUUAUACAGGUAACGAGUUCAAACAGGUGCAGUUAAUACAGGUAACGAGUUCAAACCGGUGCAGUUAAUACAGGUAAUGAGUGGAGAACAGGAGGGCUUCUUAAAGAAAAACGUACAGGUCUGUGAGAGCCGGAAUUCUUACUGGUUGGUAGGUGAUCAAAUACUUAUGUCAUGCAAUAAAAUGCAAAUUAAUUACUUAAAAAUCAUACAAUGUGAUUUUCUAGAUUUUUGUUUUAGAUUCCGUCUCUCACAGUUGAAGUGUACCUAUGAUAAAAAUUACAGACCUCUACAUGCUUUGUAAGUAGGAAAACCUGCAAAAUCGGCAAUGUAUCAAAUACUUGUUCUCCCCACUAUAUAUAUAUAUACACACACACACACAGUGGAGAAAUAAAGUAUUUAGUCAGCCACCAAUUGUGCAAGUUCUCCCACUUAAAAAGAUGAGAGGCCUGUAAUUUUCAUCAUAGGUACACGUCAACUAUGACAGACAAAAUGAGGAAAACAUUUCCAGAAAAUCACAUUGUAGGACUUUCAACUCCCUCCAAAGAUUUUCUAUGGGGUUGAGAUCUGGAGACUGGCUAGGCCACUCCAGGACCUUGAAAGGCUUCUUACGAAGCCACUCCUUCGUUGCCCGGGCGGUGUGUUUGGGAUCAUUGUCAUGCUGAAAGACCCAGCCACGUUUCAUCUUCAAUGCCCUUGCUGAUGGAAGGAGGUUUUCACUCAAAAUCUCACGAUACAUGGCCCCAUUCAUUCUUUCCUUUACACGGAUCAGUCGUCCUGGUCCCUUUGCAGAAAAACAGCCCCAAAGCAUGAUGUUUCCACCCCCAUGCUUCACAGUAGGUAUGGUGUUCUUUGGAUGCAACUCAGCAUUCUUUGUCCUCCAAACACGACGAGUUGAGUUUUUACCAAAAAGUUAUAUUUUGGUUUCAUCUGACCAUAUGACAUUCUCCCAAUCCUCUUCUGGAUCAUCCAAAUGCACUCUAGCAAACUUCCGACGGGCCUGGACAUGUACUGGCUUAAGCAGGGGGACACGUCUGGCACUGCAGGAUUUGAGUCCCUGGCGGCGUAGUGUGUUACUGAUGGUAGGCUUUGUUACUUUGGUCCCAGCUCUCUGCAGGUCAUUCACUAGGUCCCCCCGUGUGGUUCUGGGAUUUUUGCUCACCGUUCUUGUGAUAAUUUUGACCCCACGGGGUGAGAUCUUGCGUGGAGCCCCAGAUCGAGGGAGAUUAUCAGUGGUCUUGUAUGUCUUCCAUUUCCUAAUAAUUGCUCCCACAGUUGAUUUCUUCAAACCAAGCUGCUUACCUAUUGCAGAUUCAGUCUUCCCAGCCUGGUGCAGGUCUACAAUUUUGUUUCUGGUGUCCUUUGACAGCUCUUUGGUCUUGGCCAUAGUGGAGUUUGGAGUGUGACUGUUUGAGGUUGUGGACAGGUGUCUUUUAUACUGAUAACAAGUUCAAACAGGUGCCAUUAAUACAGGUAACGAGUGGAGGACAGAGGAGCCUCUUAAAGAAGAAGUUACAGAUCUGUGAGAGCCAGAAAUCUUGCUUGUUUGUAGGUGACCAAAUACUUAUUUUCCACCAUAAUUUGCAAAUAAAUUCAUUAAAAAUCCUACAAUGUGAUUUUCUGGAGAGAAAAAAAUCUCAAUUUGUCUGUCAUAGUUGACGUGUACCUAUGAUGAAAAUUACAGGCCUCUCUCAUCUUUUUAAGUGGGAGAACUUGCACAAUUAGUGGCUGACUAAAUACUUUUUUCCCCCACUGUGUGUGUGUGUGUAUAUGUAUAUAUGUGUGUGUGUAUAUAUAUAUAUAUAUAUAUAUAUAUAUAUAUAUAUAUAUAUAUAUAUAUAUCAGGCCCUGAUUUGAAUACCACCAGUUUGUGUUCAUAAGGCACCAAUCAUAAGAAAACGGACUGCAACAGGGAGGGACUAUCUGAAUGUGUCAAUAAGAAACGCACAUUUUCGUUUUCUGUCGAAUAAACAUUUUCCUUUUGAUGCCUAAUGAACACAACCCUGGUAUACAGUGUAUUAUGAUGAGUGGUAACGGAAUUAAUGAUGUCUCUCUUCCAGGGGUAGUAUCCAACCCAAUGGUGCAGCAGCCCAUGAUGUCAGGGGGUCUAGACGCCGGCUCCCCCAUCACCUUCCCCGAGGUCGAAAACGAGGACCCCCGAGUUGCCAUUGAUGCCAACGCGGGGGGCGGCAUUUGGGGUUUCUUCAAGGUACGUCUUUUUCAGUAAUUUCGGUAGGGCAGUGGAUGUUUUUACGCACCUGACACACAAAGUAAUGUGAACACACACAGUAGUGGACAUCAGCGUCGUGUUCAUUAGGAGAAAGUUUUAAAAUGUUGUACGACGGAAAUAGACGUUUCUAUUUCACAAGUCCAGGUAGUCCCUCCCUGUUUGACAGUUUUCUUUGGUUUCAUGCCCAAUGAACACGACCCAGGCAACACAGCAGGGCUGCCUCUUUUAAAGCAGCAAACGCUCUUUAAACUCAACAAGACCAAUGCUGCGUUUACGAGGUAGACGGCAGGCGGCAAACCGGAUGUCAUUGUUUUCAAUGAGAGCACGACGUUAAUUGCCGUUGAGGCUGGAGGUGAAUGCCAUCAGAAGCCACAGUAGACGGGACUUGCCGCCAGAGUUCAAAUAUUUCAACUUUUGCCGUCUGCCGUUGUUCUUCCUGAUGUUGAUUUGCACUGUUUGUUUACUGAAAUCACCAUAGCAACAAAUACUGUCAUGCUGGCUUGCUUUUGCCGUUAGUCUUUCUUGCUUUUUAUUGGGUCCUUCGUCAAAACGCAGCAUAAGUCAAUAUUGCAAAGACAGGCGGUGUCAGAGGAAGGCCCUAAAAACUGUCAAGAAAGCCACCCAGGUCAUAGACUGUACUCUACUACCGCACGGCAAGCGGUACUGGAGCGCAGAGUAUGGGGCCAAAAGCUGAACAUUUUAUUUAUUUUUUAUUAACCCAUCCACCACAACCCCUCUCCGGAGCACACAAAUAUAUUGUUUUGUUUUUACAGCUUUUUUCACGGUAAAGUCUACAGCUGUUGUAUUUGGCGCAUGUGACAUAAGAUAUGAUUUGGCUUGAUACAGAUGAGCUCUUAGCUCUUCUUCCUGCAGAAUAGCGCAGCGUGUUUCAACCUGAUGUAUCAGGCCUUCAGAACAGUAUCAUGUCUUUGCACUGAGUUUCAUAAACACCUUUCCUGCUUAUUAAACAGUUCCUUGUCUCUUUCUUCAGUCACAAAAGAGAACAAACACGUUAACUUUUCCAGCCCGUUUCCCAGACACUGAUGAAGCCUACACACAAAAAAAUAAUGCUUUCUCGAAUUGGAAGUGUUUUCAAUCACGUACUAGGUAUAAUCUGUGUCCGGAGAAACCGGCCCCUUGACAUUUUAACUAAAUCUCUUCGUCUACUUUAUAAAACACUCACGGUCCAAAUGUAAUUUAGGCUGCUUUUACACAGGCAGCCCAAUUCUGAUCUUUUUUUCACCAGUUGGUCUUUUCCCUAAUCAGAUCUGCUAUUUUGACAAUAAUUGGGCAAAAGAUCAGAAGUGGGCUGCCUGUGUAAACGCAGCCAUUAUGGCUCAAACGCGUCAUACACCCUCUUCAGUCAAUGUACUGCCAGAACCCAAUCGCCAGUCGCUCAAUACGUCAUACACAACAGCCUGUAUUGGGGAAACACUUUCCUGGACUACAUCCAUAAAUUGGGUGCUAAUGCUAUCAGUGUUGCGUCCAGAUGACUGGGCUAAUACGUCUGGUGCUAAUGUCUAGGGCUGAGGCCCAAAGGGUACUUUAUUUCUAAAGAAGUGCAUUAUAAAGGGAAUUGGGUUUCAGCUCUUCUUCCUCCUAUUCGUCUGGCUGGCAGGGAGGACUGUGGUAUGCCUCAGACAGUUAGCUGUGCUGCUCCUCACGACAGUCUCCCUAACGGUAUCCAUCCAGUUUAUACUGGGAAUAAGGCCUAACGGUAUCCAUCCAGCAGGGUUUCUGUUAGGAAAAUGUGGCGCCGUACAUUUGACCGGCAACAUUUUAAUUUACCAGACAUUUGAGAAUCUGAAAGACCCAGGGUGUGAAACCUGAUUAGGGCGUCCACCCACGGUGCUCAGAAUGACAGAAAUCACAUUUAGAUUAUGGUCAUUCAUAUUAACAAAACAUGCAAGUCGAGGAUACUACGAUGUGCGGUCCUUCUUAACGAAUUCUGAUGUGCACUUUGAAGACAUUAGAAUAACUGUCCACAUUCACUUUUCCUCAGCUGACAAGACGAGUAACGAACCGCAAAAUCACUGGCCUAUGUCAAUCUACUAUCCCCCAUAGUAGAAAAGUUGACCUAUUCUAUUGGUCAGCUUAUCGAGAAAGAAAUAGCCUAUUCCAAACAGACUCUGGGACAGUUGUGGGACGAUAGAUCCCAAAUCCAUCCAACCAGUGGCCUCGGCUCCAUUUUUAUUUUUUUUAAAGCAUUGAGUCUGAUGCAACAGAUCAGAAUGUUUAGUUUAAAAUGUUGAUAAACUAUUUCCUCACAUUAUAAGCGCAGCAAUGUGCACAAGGCAGUAGACUAGGCGUUAAUGUUCAUUCUAUAAUGUAAUUAGAGGGAAAACACUUGUCAAAAGGGCACUGCACAUGCCAGCGGUUUCAUGUGACAGAGAUGAAAAUAUCUGUUAGACAUUUAGAAAGAUCUUAACAGGAUACUUUGAAACAAGGUUAGACAUGCCUCAUACAGUGCAUUCAGAAAGUUUUCAGACCCCUUUUUCCACCAUUUUUUAUUUUGAAUAAAUGUGCAAAAAAAUCUAAACCUGUUUUCACUUUGUCAUUAUGGGGUAUUGUGUGUAGAUUGAUGAGAAAUGUUUUAUUUAAUCCCUUUUCGAAAAAGGCUGUAACUUAACAAAUUGUGGAAAAAGUGAAGGUCUGAAUACUUUUUGAAUGCACUGUACUGUACACGCGGCAAUUUUAAUUCCACAAAAUUAUGCAAAUGAACCUAUAGACCGAUAAGCAUGACCAGUCAAAUGUAUUUACAUCGACUGGUAUUUCCAUCCAUGAGUAAUCAAUAGGCUAAAAAGCAUUAUUUCGCAAUGGGAUUUUUUUCUUCUUCUGCAAGAUAAUUGGCCAGUGCCAAUUUUAUCUGCUUUUCUAUUUUUUUAUAGGCCAAAAUCCGGCUAUUACCGGCUAACGGAAACCCUGCCAUCCAGUCUUGUUUGGGAGUACAUGCACAUUGCGCACUGGCAGGUAGUCAGGCAGGCACAAACGCUCACAAGCUGUUGGUUCAGCAAUUGGACGUGUUCAGGGUUCCCUCGACUUUGUUUUGUCCUGAAACCACCCCUGGUGUACGGACUCGUGAGAGAGUUAGUGAUGGUGUGUUCUUAUACAGUUACAUUAGAUUUAUUUUGAAACAUCUGAGAUACAGAUCUCUUGACCAAUACUUUUUUUGUAUAAAACCAAGUGAAAAAGGAACUUUGAAACAGUCGCUCAGCCUAACAUAAUUUCUUUCAAACAUUGUACCACCUGUAGAAGUAAUGAGCUAUGACACUAAUUAGCUUGGAUCAUUCGCGCAUUCAUUGUCACACUAAUUAACAUAACGUCUUAUUUCAACAAAUCAGUUAAGGAGAUCAAAUGGCAACCAGCCUUAGAACAUGUUUUAAGUGUGUGUGUGUGUGGCUGUAUGUCUGUGUCAUUCUCAGGGCGUGGCAGGUAACCACAUGGUAAAGACGGUCCUGGAUAAGACCAAGCACUCAGUGGAAUCCAUGAUCACCACUCUGGACCCAGGCAUGGCUCCAUACAUCAGUAAGUCAACACCAUCACUUCCUAUUUAUCAUGGAUUUAACAAUGGUGAAGCUAGGGUUGGGGUUAAUCAAUUCAGGAACUGAAAUUCAAAUGUUAUAAUUGGAAAAAAAAAGGCUUUUUAUUUUUGGUGACUUCUCAACAAACGGAAAAGGAGAAGCAAUUGAUUUCUUUUUUUAUCACUUCCUAAAUUGAGACUUACAUUUUAAUUGAGCCCAACCCAGUUAAACUCACUCUAGCUAGCCAAUGCUUACAUCAAUCCCUCGCUUUGAAAUCCAUUACAGGAAGUGUGCAAGUGCACACUUUGGGGAGAAGGGUGGAGAAUUGGGACGAAGCCAAUAGCCGCUUAGCCAUUAUCGCCCUAUAUCUGUGCAAGCCAAUGGUUGCGUCCCAAAUCACACCCUAUUUCUAUGGGCCCUGGUCAAAAGUAGUGCACUAUAUAGGGAAUAGGGUGCCAUUUGGGAAAUAACCAAUGUGUGCUGGUGCCAGAAAAGCUCAACAUGCGAUUACCUCCUCUAAAUAAGAACUUGCCACUGACUUAAGUCUGAACAUUCCUUGCGGGACAUACAGGAUAAUAUCGCUUGUUGAGACUCUCGAUUUUCAAACUCGUCUUGGGCUAGCAUGCAUUCUCCUUCAUGGAUACAGUGAAUCAAUAAUGGGUAAGCGACUAUUGUUUAAUCAGUAUUGUUUGACUAUUUUAAACUAAAUGUGUUCCUUUGACCUUGUACUACAUUAAAUUAAAAACCCACUGGGUGUGCAGGCUUUUCUUCCUGCCCAGCAUUAACACACCUGAUUCACCCCAUCAAAGGCUUGAUGAGUAGGUUGUCACCAGUGGUGUAGUGCUAUAUUUUUUUUUUUAGAUGAGCAAAACAAAUAAUUAAAUGUCAUUGUUUUUCAGUCAGGUUGUACACACAAAUAGCCUAUUGAAUAUUAUUAUAGAUAAAAUCAUCCUCCAAUUGCAACGUCUGCCUAUGCCACACACCUUGUCUCAAGAAAAUGUUAUAUUUUUAAGACCCUCAAACACCAAGUUAGGCAUAUGCUACCUCAUUUCAAAAUAGGCCAUUUAUCACGGUCAAUCGAGAAUUAUAAUUCUUCACGUUUUUCCGGUGAAAUGUCCAAACUGCAUGCAAACUAUUAGCCUUUCGUCUAACCCUUUUCUGUUUAAAUCAAAGCAUAGCACGCUGUUGCGUUUUGGAAACAAAUGUUACUAUUCAGCUUCAGAUAAGAAAUUACUGAGGUGAUGUUUUUGGUUUAACAUAUUAUAGGCCUAUAUGCUGUUAUAUUCAGGUCUUAUGUAAAAUGCUAAUUAGUCAAACGCCUAUGUGAUCUUGCUAGAUAUUGAUUCAGCUUUGAUCUAACUUUACUAAACGAGCACCAUUGUGAGAAGUGAUGAUCUUCUACUUGUAAUAGUAAGUGAUGAGAAGGACUAUUAGGCGUUGGCAACAGAUCUUGAUGAGGGUUAUUUUAAGCGAUUUUGAGCGCCCUUCUAAUCGUGGUGCUGUAAGGACAGCACCGUAACCAAGUGGUCACAUCGUUCUGGGUUCCACUGUGCAAGAGGUGGUCCGUAGAGUUUUAUGAACAUCAAGGCAGCCGCGGGGAAUUUGGAUCCUAGAUCUCGUUGGUGUAAUAAGGUUCAUGUGGUGGAUCAGUUUGUCUGCAUACGCAAUAGAGGUGGUAUGUUUCUGUAAGCUAAGCACUCGGACAGUAGGGCGACUUCAAGUGCGUUGUACAAGAGCUCCAAGUCCGUAACAAACUGUUUUGAGGACAGACGGUUGAGCAACCCCUGGUAGUUUUCUGUCUGUGGCUGUUCUGGUUACGUCGGAUUUGGCCCGGUCAAAGUGGUCAAGCCUCCGACCGACGGGCCUGUUCAUACGCCUACACUGAGUCUCCAGGAUCAGAAUUGGAUGAGCACUGCCUUUUUUUAAAUGUACAAUCUCUCUUUUUCUAUUGAGGUGUCCUGGCGAACAGGCAGCAGUACGAUGAUCCGGUCAAGUCAACCUUGAGACACAAAAGGGCAUAAGUUAAGGAUAUAGGCUACACACAUUGGCAUCAGUGAAUUGCAUUUUCAGCAGUUGAAUGCAAAGGAAUAGAGUUCUCAGUGGAAUGACUGUCAAUCUGAUGGCAACAUCUCUGGACUAUCAGUGGUUUUAGAUGGGAGUGGGCACAUAAUUAAAUAUACACUCACCCAGUUUAUUAGGUACACCCAUCUAGCCUCCAGAACAGCCUGCAUUCUUCGGGGCAUGGAUUUUACAAGGUGUGGCGUUCAAACGUUGCUCAAUUGGUAUCAAGGGACCUAACGUGCCAGAAAAACAUUCCCCACACCAUUACACCACCGCCACCAGCCUAGCCUGUACCGUUGAUACCAGGCAGGAUGGGGCCAAGGACUCAUGCUGCUUACGCCAAUUCCUGACUCUGCUGUCAGCAUGACGCAACAGGAACUGGGAUUUUUCAGACCAGGCAACGUUUUUCCACUCCUCAAUUGUCCAGUGUUGAUGAUCACGUGCCCACUGAAGCCUCUUCUUGUUUUUAGCUGAUAGGAGUGGAAUCUGGUGUGCUUGUCUGCUGCAAUAGCCCAUCUGUGAGAAGGACAGACGAGUUGUGCGUUCCUAGAUGGCGUUCUGCCCACCACUGUUGUACUGCGCUAUUAUUUGCCUGUUUGUGGCCCGCCUGUUAGCUUGCACAAUUCUUGCCAUUCUCCUUUAACCUUUCUCAUCAACGAGCCGCUGACUGGAUGUUUUUUGUUUGUCGCACCAUUCUUGGUAAACCCUAGACACUGUCGUGCGUGAAAUGCCCAGGAGGCUGGCCGUUUCUGAGAUACCGGAACUGGCGUGCCUAGCACUGACGAUCAUACCACACUCAGUCACUUAGGGAACUUGUUUUGCCCAUUCUAAUGUUCAAUCUAACAGUAACUGAAUGUCUCGAUGCCUGUCUUUAUAUAGAAAGCCACGGCCACGACUCACUGUCUGUAGGAGCGAACCAUUUUCGUGAACUGGGUGGUGUAUCUAAUAAACUGGUCACUGAGUGUAUAUAUGUAUCUCUAUGGGAGUCAGGGCUAUAGGCCUAAUAGAAUAAAUAAUUAAUUAGAAUGAAUAAAAGAGGAUUGAUGUAGAGAAGUGAGUGUGUUUAAUGGAGGCAGGACCCGGGCAGGAACUUGUGGUACGGGUUAGGGGGAAGGUGUUGUGGGAGAUGAUUGGUUGGUAGAUUAAGUUGAUUAAACCUAUGCGUUGGGAGUUUAUCCCGGUCUUUCUGUAUUGGCUAACAAAGACCAAGUUUGACGCAUUUGGGCGGAAGUGUCUGGGAAUGAGAUUAAUCCUGUAUUGACUGUGUCUGUCUGUUUUAGAGUCGGGCGGGGACUUGGACAUCGUGGUGACGUCAGACAAAGAGGUGAAGGUGGGGGCGGUGAGAGAUGCCUUCCAGGAGGUGUUUGGCAUGGCCAUGGUGACCGGGGAGGCCGGCCAGUCCAACAUCGCCCCGCAGCCCGUUGGCUACGCAGCCGGAGUCAAGGUCAGCUGUCUAUCACGUUCCCAAUAUCUCAGACACUGGUGUGUAUUUAUGUAUUAGUGCUAAUGAAGACGUAUAAUGCCUUUUUAGUUAGUUUGUUUAAAGUGUGAUCUGGGUAUGUAUUGCAGUUCUGUAUACAUAAUGUACAGUGCAUUUGGAAAGUAAUUCAGAGCCCUUACAUUUUUCCACAUUUUGUUACGUUACAUCCUUAUUCUAAAAUUGAUCACAUUAUUUCUUUAUCAAUUUACACAAAAUACCCCAUAAUGACAAAGCGAAAAUAGGUUUUUAGACAUUUUUGCUCAUUUAUAAAAAAAAAUAAACAGAUAAAUGAAAUCAAAUUGUAUUUGUCACAUACACGUGUUUAGCAGAUGUUAUAGCGGGUGUAGCAAAAUGCUUGUGCUUCUAGCUCCGACAGUGCAGUAAUAUCUAACAAUUUCACAACAUAUACACACAAAACUAUUAAGGAAUGGAAUUUAAGAAUAUAUACAUAUAUGGACAAGCAAUGACAGAGCGGCAUGGACUAAGAUACAGUAGAAUAUUAUAGAAUAGAAUACAGUAUAUACAUAUGAGAUGAGUAGUGCAAUAUAUGUAAACAUUAUUAAAGUGACUAGUGUUCCAUUUCUUAAAGUGGCCAGUGAUUUCAAUAGGCAGCAGCAGCCUCUAAUGUGCUAGUGAUGGCUGUUUAACAGUCUGAUGGCCUCGAGAUAGAAGCUGUUUUUCAUUCUCACGGUCCUAGCUUUGAUGCAUCUGUACUGACCUCGCCUUCUGGAUGAUAGCGGGGUGAACAGGCAGUGGCUCGGGUGGUUGAUGUCCUUGAUUAUCUUUUUGGCCUUCCUGUGACAUCGGGUGCUGUAGAUGUCUUGGCGAGCGGGUAGUUUGCCCCCGGUAAUGCGUUCGGCAGACCGCACCACCCUCUGGAGAGCCCUGCGGUUGAGGGCGGUGCAGUUGCCGUACCAGGUGGUGAUACAGCCCGAAAGGAUGCUCUCAUACUUUAUUUACGUAAGUAUUCAGACCCUUUGCUAUGAGACUCGAAAUUGAGCUCCGGUGCAUCCUGUUUCCAUUGAUCGUCCUUGAUGUUUCUACAACUUGAUUGGAGUCCACCUUUUGGUAAAUUCUAUUGAUUGGACAUGAGUUGGAAAGGCACACACCUGUCUAUAUAAGCUCCCACAGUUCAUGUCAGAGCAAAAAACAAGCCAUGAGGUCGAAGGAAUUGUCCGUAGAGCUCCGAGACAGGAUUGUGUCGAGGCACAGAUCUGGGGAAGGGUACCAAAACUUUUCUGCAGCAUUGAAGGUCCCCAAGAACACAGUGGCCUCCAUCAUUCUUAAAUGGAAUAAGUUUGGAACCACCAAGACUCUUUCUAAAACCGGCCGCCCGGCCAAACUGAGCAAUCGGGGAAGAAGGGCCUUGGUCAGGGAGAUGACCAAGAACCCGAUGGUCACUCUGACAGAGCUCCAGAGUUCCUCUGUGGAGAUGGGAGAACCUUCCAGAAGGACAACCAUCUCUGCAGCACUCCACCAAUCAGGCCUUUAUGGUAGUGGCCAGACGGAAGCCACUCCUCAGUAAAAGGCACAUGACAGCCCGCUUGGAGUUUGCCAAAAGGCACCUAAAAGACUCUGACCAUGAGAAACAAGAUUCUCUGGUCUGAUGAAACAAAGAUUGAACUCUUUGGCCUGAAUGCCAAGCGUCAUGUCUGGAGGAAACCUGGCACCAUCCCUACAGUGAAGCAUGGUGGUGGCGAUGUUUUUCAGCGGCAGGCACUGGGAGACUAGUCAGGAUCGAGGGAAAGAUGAAUGGAGCAAAGUACAGAGAGAUCCUUGAUGAAAACCUGCUCCAGAGCGCUCAGGGCCUCAGACUGGGGCAAAGGUUCACGUUCCAACGGGAUGACAACAACCCUAAGCACACAGCCAAGACAAUGCAGGAUUGGCUUCGGGACAAGUCUGUGAAUGUCCAUGAGUGGCCCAGCCAGAACCCUGUCUUGAACCCGAUCGAACAUCUCUGGAGAGACCUGAAAAUAGCUGGGCAGCGAUGCUCCCCAUCCAACCUGGCAGAGCUUGAGGGGAUCUGCAGAGAAGAAUGGGAGAAACUCUCCAAAUACAGGUGUCCCAAGCUUGUAGCGUCAUACCCAAGAAGACUCAAGGCUGUAAUCUCUGCCAAAGGUGCUUCAACAAAGUACUGAGUAAAGGGUCUGAACACUUAUGUAAAUGUAAUAUUUCAGUUUUAAGUUGGAUAAAUUAGUAAAAAUUUCUAAACCUGUUUUCGCUUUGUCAUUAUGGGGUGUUGUGUGUAGAUUGAUGAGGGGAAAAAACAAUUUAAUCAAUUUUAGAAUAAGGCUGUAACGUAACAAAAUGUGGAAAAAGUUAAGGGGUCUGAAUACUUUCCGAAUGCACUAUAGAAUUGUGAGUAUCCCAAUACAUAUCAUAUCGUAAUGAUGUCGUAUUGUGAGGUCCCUGGCAAUUCCCAACCCUAGUGUGUGUGUGUGUGUGUGUGUGUGUGUGUGUGUGUAUACCUGUUUGUUAAAACAGUCAUUGGUCUUAAAGGCUAGCUUCACACACCUGUUCUCUAUGGAAGCAGAUGGUGUUUUUGUCCAAUUCUAUUUAGGCAGCAAUGCAGCAUCCUCUCAGUGAAGGAAACUCCUUAAGAAUUAAGACAGACACAGAGGGUACUCUGAUUUACCUACAGCUGCCAUGUAAAACACCACAGACCCAGACUGACAAAUGCUGUUCUACUGCAGCAACAAGCUUUGUUUUGAAAAUUCUUCUACAUGCGGUAUACGCUCUGAUCAGUGUUAAGUCAUCCAGAGAAGUGUUUUGUGUGUAUGCGUGUGUUCAAGAGAUUGUGUGCGUGUGUUUCCUCUUGAUUCUCGAUGUCUCACCACAGGAGAGAUGUUAGGCAACAGGCUGGAUGGUGGCAGGCGACGUGUGUUGUCUGCCUUGCUCAUAUUCAGCGAUGGAUGUCUUCCACUUGUUGACGCAAAAUUGUUUUGUUACAGCCUAAUGCUGUGUAAAUGCUUGAGUUGAGUAGUGCUAUUCACUGGUAAUUUUCCACAUCUGUCCAGUAACCUCUUUACAUACCACACAGAGGAGUAGUUUAUUACUGGCUCAUUAUCUAUAGGGCACUAAAAGCCAGGUGGAAAUCUAGUUUCCUCUGGUUUUAAACAUCACCUUUAGACAUACAGGCUGUGAGAACUGGUUAGAACCUGUUCUCACUUGUAUUCUUUUUCUAAGGAAGUGGAGCCAAUUACCCCUCUAGUAAUUACCCCUCUAUAGUAAUUACCCCUCUAUAUCUCUAUAGUAGGCUUGCCUCCCCCUUGGAGGGGUUUUUACAAUCUUUGAGAUCCUCUCUGGUUAUAUCCUGAGAAUUCCUUUCCAGUGAGUCUUGAAAGUUACUCUCCAGGUUCUUCCUGAGGGAGUGAUCUUCCUUGCAGUUGCUCUAAUAAACCUCUUAUUAUCGAUAAAUGAGUUCUGCCUGAUUCCUCAAACUGAUGUGUCUGUCUCCACAGGGGGCCCAGGAGCGCAUCGACAGCCUGCGGCGGGCGGGCGUCAUCCACGAGAAGCAGCCCGUGGUCUCUGUGGAGAACUUCAUCGCCGAGCUGUUCCCUGACAAGUAAGCACAGUGGGAGAAAAUACCCCUUAAAUCUCAAAUCCCCUAAAGACACACAUUUCACACACAUUCAUUUCAUACACUCACUUUCAUACACCCUCAUUCACACAAACAUUCACGAUCAUCCAUGCACGCACACCCUCUCGCACUCCCUCAUUUCACUGCACACACUCACAGCAUUCCACACACAUUCCCAGCUGACUCCAAUGUAAGGAUGUGUUCAAAUGACCAAGUUAGAUUUUUCCCUUUUUUGAUCUCCCUUGUUGCACAAAUGUGUAACUCUCUCAAACAGCCUGCCCAUCUCCCCUCUCAAAUGUACCAUUGGGUCCAAAAACCUCAUCAUAGAUGGUGAAUGCUGUUUCAUAACCGUUCCCAUUAUCACUUUUAAAAUGGAUUAUCAUUUUGGAAUGGUCUGAAAUGAAUGUUUACGCAAAGGAUUAUAGCACUCUGAGUAGUGAGAUGGAAAUGAUAAAUGUUUCAAAUGCGUGAGUGUUAAUAUUCUUUCUGGAUGCACCUCCAAUUUAUUCUAUCUUUACUUUAUUAAGCUUUAAUCAUUUAUUUUUUUCUGAAAUGCUGAUUCUGAACUCUUCCAAAAGCGUUUCAUUUGUUUAAUUAAAAUAUCAAAGAUUGUGUUUAAGAUUAUAAAUUUACCAAAAAAUUUAUUAAAAAAAAUAUCUAUAUACAGUGAGGGGAAAAAAGUAUUUGAUCCCCUGCUGAUUUUGUACGUUUGCCCACUGACAAAGAAAUUAUCAGUCUAUAAUUGUAAUGGUAGGUUUAUUUGAACAGUGAGAGACAGAAUAACAAUAAAAAAAUCCAGAAAAACGCAUAUCAAAAAUAUUAUAAAUUGAUUUGCAUUUUAAUGAAGGAAAUAAGUAUUUGACCCCCUAUCAAUCAGAAAGAUUUCUGGCUCCCGGGUGUCUUUUAUACAGGUAACGAGAUGAGAUUAGGAGCACACUCUUAAAGGGAGUGCUCCUAAUCUCAGUUUGUUACCUGUAUAAAAGACACCUGUCCACAGAAGCAAUCAAUCAAUCCGAUUCCAAACUCUCCACCAUGGCCAAGACCAAAGAGCUCUCCAAGGAUGUCAGGGACAAGAUUGUAGACCUACACAAGGCUGGAAUGGGCUACAAGACCAUCGCUAAGCAGCUUGGUGAGAAGGUGACAACAGUUGGUGCGAUUAUUCGCAAAUGGAAGAAACACAAAAGAACUGUCAAUCUCCCUCGGCCUGGGGCUCCAUGCAAGUUCUCACCUCGUGGAGUUGCAAUGAUCAUGAGAACGGUGAGGAAUCAGCCCAGAACUACGCGGGAGGAUCUUGUCAAUGAUCACAAGGCAGCUGGGACCAUAGUCACCAAGAAAACAAUUGGUAACACACUAUGCCGUGAAGGACUGAAAUCCUGCAGCGCCCGCAAGUCCCCCUGCUCAAGAAAGCACAUAUACAGGCCCGUCUGAAGUUUGCCAAUGAACAUCUGAAUGAUUCAGAGGAGAACUGGGUGAAAGUGUUGUGGUCAGAUGAGACCUAAAUCUAACUCUUUGGCAUCAACUCAACUCGCCGUGUUUGGAGGAGGAGGAAUGCUGCCUAUGACCCCAAGAACACCAUCCCCACCGUCAAACAUGGAGGUGGAAACAUUAUGCUUUGGGGGUGUUUUUCUGCUAAGGGGACAGGACAACUUCACCGCAUCAAAGGGACGAUGGACGGGGCCAUGUACCGUCAAAUCUUGAGUGAGAACCUCCUUCCCUCAGCCAGGGCAUUGAAAAUGGGUCGUGGAUGGGUAUUCCAGCAUGACAAUGACCCAAAACACACGGACAAGGCAACAAAGGAGUGGCUCAAGAAGAAGCACAUUAAGGUCCUAGAGUGGCCAAGCCAGUCUCCAGACCUUAAUCCCAUAGAAAAUCUGUGGAGGGAGCUGAAGGUUCGAGUUGCCAAACGUCAGCCUCAACCUUAAUGACUUGGAGAAGAUCUGCAAAGAGGAGUGGGACAAAAUCCCUCCUGUGAUGUGUGCAAACCUGGUGGCCAACUACAAGAAACGUCUGACCUCUGUGAUUGCCAACAAGGGUUUUGCCACCAAGUACUAAGUCAUGGUUUGCAGAGGGGUCAAAUACUUAUUUCCUUCAUUAAAAUGCAAAUCAAUUUAUAAAAAAUUUGAAAUGUGUAUUUCUGGAUUUGUGUUGUUGUUAUUCUGUCUCUCACUGUUCAAAUAAACCUACCAUUCAAAUUAUAGACUGAUCAUGUCUUUGUCAGUGGGCAAAUGUACAAAAUCAGCAGGGGAUCAAAUACUUUUUUCCCUCACUGUAUGUAUAUGUAUGUGUCUAUAUAUGUGUGUGUGUGUGUGUGUGUGUGUGUGUGUGUGUGUGUAUAUAUAUAUAUAUAUAUAUAUAUAUAUAUAUAUAUAUAUAUAUAUAUAUAUAUAUAUAAAAUAGAUUUCAGCUUCUUUGUCAAGUUUUCAAUAUGUUUUUCAAAAGACAACUUGUCAUCAAUCCACAUACCCAAGUACUUAUAGUGAGAAACUUGCUCCAUUUGGAGUGCAAAUACACAAGUCCUCAGGGUCAACAUUACAAGACCUAGAGAACAGCAUAAACUUGGUUUUAUUUUCAUUUAACACUAAUGUAAGAUCAGUAAGUGAUUUUUGCAUCGAGUCAAUCAUGCUGAAGGUCACGAAUGGCCUGCUGCACUGAAGAGGCACAGGAGUAAAGAACUGUCUUCUGCGUAGAGAUGAAUGUUACAGGCGUUAACAGUAUUUCCAAUGUCAUUUAUAUACAACGUGAACAACAAUGGCCCCAAAAUCGAACACUGGGGUACCCUUUAAGCACGUCAAGAAAUUUGGAUUUAACCCUGUCUAUCAUAAUAGCCUGUAGUCUAUCAUAAAAUAACAAAGCAGUCAGGCUGCAUUUGAUAAUUCCGUGGCAUAUCAUAUAUGGUUGCAUUAUGCUACCUAUGCAUUGCAAUGUAAAGAAAUGGUUAUCAUUCUGGAACUUUUCUAAUACAAUUUUGAAAAUGCAUUUUUCUUGAAACCCUUUUACCCUCUUUUAAAUAUUUUAUUAGCCCAAAUUUAUUUGAUACAGUACCACGAUCACGAUUUUAAGAUAUAGGCUAUUGCUUUCAGUCUCCUGGCCAAAAUGGGUCAACUGAUUGUGACUUCAAUACCCAAGCUUCCCUUUUCUCUCUCUCCCCACAUUUGGAAGAUACUGAGCUAGGGUGUGUUGCACUCUGGCAGGGUCCAAGAGCAUGAGUCUUCUUGACAAACUUUUUCAGAAAUCAGAUAAAACGCCCCUUUCAUCCAGCACAACACCAAAAAUAACCCAAUGUCCCCAGAAGGCUCUACUAAUCUAGCAUACCUCACCUCACCUUGCUACACAUGUCAAAACUCUCCCAUUUCCCCUUCAGAAAAUCAACUGUGAAACCUGUGAAGUUUGGCUAGACUGCUGAUGUCCCCACAAGGCCAGUAAUGUGCUUUAGGGCAUUAAAACAGAUAAGCUCUUUUGACCUCGACCUUGAAUGCCUUUACCUUAUCACCAAGUAGCAGAGUGGCUCAACCUCCCAGAGGGCUUCCUCAAAUGACCAGAAUGUUGCUGGCCAAGCCAAGGACCAGAAUGUUGCUGGCCAAGCCAAGGACCAGAAUGUUGCUGGCCAAGCCAAGGACCAGGAUGUUGCUGGCCAAGCCAAGGAUAAAAUGGCUGUGUUUACACAGGCAGCCCAAUUCUGAUAUUUUGCCCAAUUAUUGGCAAAAGAGCUGAUCUGAUUGGUCGAAAGACCAAUUAGUGGAAAAAGAUCUGAAUUGGGCUGCCUGUGUAAACGCAGCCGUUAUGGCUCAGACCAGCUCCCAGUCAUUUUAGACUGUGCUAGAGUAAGGGCCAAUGAACCAAAUAAGAUUGUCAUCACAGGGGUAGAAUACUAUAUGGAGGAGCAUGGACAGUUAAUUAGACCAGGGUUGUGUUCAGGUUGUCAGUCGAGAGGUGAAGAAGGUGUGGCUGUUAGUUAAUUAGUUGUAUCAGGUGUGUUAUUGCUGGUCUGGAACAUCCUCUCUAGCAUCCAGUUUUUGGUGCUGCUCACUGCUUUGCAUUGUUAGAUGGUUGCAAUUGAUGGACGAUAACGUUUAGCUAUUGGUUCCCCCUCCCUUCACUGCUACUACCUGUCAACCUAAAUCCAAAAGUGUGAUUUGCUCAUUGUCUGCUUAUUGAUUAGUUUCACUCUGUUGUCUGAACCUGUCUUGCCUGCAUUGUGCUCCAUACACCAUGCUUAAAGGUGCAAUGUGCAGAAAUCGCUCCGCCAUUUCCUGGUUGCUAAAAUUCUAAUAGUUAGCUUAAUUUCAGUUCGAGACAAAACAAGCAGUCAUUGUGUAGACAAUCAUUGUGCCAUCUAAACCUCUGUGAAAUAUAUUUUCCAUAACCAAAAAUAUUGUAUUUUCAGCUGUUUGAAGCUGGUAUACAAAACCAAAAGUAAAAGAUGCAAAAACUAAACUUAAAAACAGGAUGCAUAGAAAUAGCGCACAUAGAAGAGAUUUUACAUUUUAGUCAUUUAGCAGACGCUCCUAUCCAGAGCGACUUACAGUUAGUGAGUGCAUAAAUUUUCAUACCGGCCCCCCGUGGGAAUUGAACCCACAACCCUGGCGUUGCAAGCGCCAUGCUCUACCAACUGAGCUACACAGGGCCUUGAGAUCUACCUCUUCUUAGACUUUCUUUCAAUGAGAGUGACAGAUCUACAGUCAGUGGCAAGUUUAUUAGAUACAUCACCCCAUUCGUGAAAAUGGAGGUCGAAGGAGAAUGGCAAGAAUCGUGCAAGCUAACAGGCGGGCCACAACCGGGCAAAUAACGGCGCAGGACAGUGGUGUGUAGAACGCCAUCUCGGAACGCACAACAUGUCGGUCCUUGUCACGGAUGGGCUAUUGCAGCAGAAGACCACACCGGGUUCCACUCUCAUCAGCUAGAAACGGCUCCAGUGGGCACGCGGUCACCAACACUGGACAAUUGAGGAGUGGGAAAAACAGUGCCUGGUCCGACGAAUCCUGGGUUCCUGUUGCGUCAUGCUGAUGGCAGAGUCAGGAUUUGGCGCAAGCAGCAUGAGUCUGGUGGCAGUGGUGUAAUGGUGUGGGGAAUGUUUUCCUGGCACAUGUUAGGUCCCUUGAUACCAAUUGAGCAACGUUUCCGUGCCCCAAAGAAUUCAGGCUGUUCUGGAGGCAAAGGGGGGUCCGACCCGGUACUAGAUAGACCUAAUAAACUGGCCACUGAGUGUAUAACUCACAUUUAUAUGUCCAUUAUUUCAGGUCGCCCAAAAAGUUCAAUAUUGCAGCUUUAACAGUGCUGUUUUUCUGUGACUUUCCAGAUGGUUUGACAUUGGCUGUCUGAUCCUGGAGGAUCCUGGAGCUGGCAUUCACAUUGAGACCUUCACUCAGGCUACUCCACUGGCCUUGGAGCACGUCCAGCAGGUAGGAGCUCACAGCUGCCACUACUGCACCCUCAUGUUAAUAGUACAGUUCACCCCCACAACACAAUGACGCUCCAAUUAAUUACAUUUAUUUAAUGUAUCUCUUAAUGUGGUUGCAUGUGUUAUCAAUGUUAGAUUGCUGUUAGCACUCAAUUUUAGCACAUACCAUACACUUGUGUCUAUUGAAAAAGUAAAAUGGAACUUUGGGAUGGAGUUUUAGCCAUCACUGUAACGACAGGCUGCUGCUACCCAUUGUACCAUAAGUGGCCCUUUUCAAAGUUCGACCUGUCAAAGCAGUAGCAUGGUGUUGCAUUGAAAUAGAAUUUCGUAAUGUAAACUUAAUUGCCUUGACUUAAAACUCUGUGAAAAUGACAGUCUUUCGGUCAGUGCCUUGUCACUGGCAAAAUUGGAACAUUGUUUCAAAGUGAAAGGGUUUGAAGGCAAAUUGCUUUCCAAAUUGUUAUAAUUUAAGCAGUCUCGAAACAUGAAAUAUGAAAUCAUGUUUAUUUAUUAAAUGUGAGUUGAGUGUAAAUUGGUGUUAGUCUACAGAAUGUGGGCUAGACAGUGUAAGGAGAAUGGUUGUAUGAACAGGUGUUGAUGAAAUUAACACCUUCCUGAUUACACUAUGCAUGUAAACGUUGUGUCAAGUGAUAGUGUUCCCCUCUUCCAUCCAUCCAUCAUCCCCCCCUCUCUCCUCCCCUCUGCCACCUGUCCCCAAAGGCCCAGUCCCUGACCCCUCCGGACUACAGCCUCCGCUGGUCGGGCCUGCUGGUGACGGUGGGCGAGGUGCUGGAGCGCAAUGUGCCCAACGUGUCGCGCACGGACUGGCACCAGGCCUUUACGGGCAUGUCUCGCCGCCAGAUGACCCAGAGCGCCGCCAAGGCCCUAGCGGGCAUGUACAAGCAGCAGCUUCCACCCAGGACAAUGUGAGGUGGCACCAUAUCCCCCAGCCACCAUGUCUCAAUACUGACAAUUAGGGGGAGGGAGAACCAGAGGGGGUUGGGCAGAAGAAGUGGCAGCUGUUUCGCCAAAUGGGAUUCCUACUCUGCUUCUAGCCGUCCGUCCUGAUUGGGCAAAAAGCCAAAUGCAAUUUUCUCGUUAUGUUUUAUUAUUUGUGUGUAGCAAGGUUUUAUGGUUUGAAACAUUCCGGCAUGCCAACUGGUUGGAGAGAACGAUGGAAAUGGAUUGUUCCUUCAAAAACAGGGAAACCAUACGUUUUUUCUAAAUCAACUUUUUCCCCCAGCUAAGGCCCAAAAAGAAAUGCAAUUUUUGAGAUAUCAUGGCAAACUAGCUCAUUAAAGUAAUGAUUAAUUAUUUGUAAUGAUUAUUUGAAAUUUGUAGAUUGUCCGCCUUUUAUUGAGAAAGUAUUGUUAUUUGUGACUCUUGAUGGUAAAUAUCUGAGAUCUAAUUAACUUUUAAUAUAUUUAACAAACUGUAUUCAAAUCAUGUAAAUAUGCAGAAUGCGGUGUUGUAUUAGUUUUGGAUGAACACGCAGGUGUACGUGUUUUAUAAAUGGGGAACGAUCCAGUGCUUUGUCUUUUAGAGCAGGGGAGUCGAACUCAUUUUGCCAGGUCCGGAGUGAGUCACUGAAAAUGUGUUAUAUUUCCAUUAUAGGUAGGUCCAUUAUAAUUUCUACACAUUUUCGCUUUUGGUUUU